CAAACCAACUCUCAAGCAACCACCAAACAACCAUCACAAUGGAGUCCAUCAAGCAGGGUGCCAACUACGUCGGCGAGAAGGUUCAGCAGGCCACCUCUGGCGCUUCCAAGGAGGCCAACAAGAACGUCGCCAAGGACAGCGAUGCCCCCCUCGGCACUCGUGCCUCCGCCGCCAAGGACGCUCUCGGCGACAAGGUUGACGAGUCCAAGCACGACACCAAGGGCGAGGCCCACAAGCAGGCUAUCUAAAGGAGUGCAUGGGAUGGAUGGUUGAAAGAAGCAUCAACGACGAACAACAUGGCUUCGGUUUGUCGACGCAGACAAAGAUACCCUAUUAGCACAAUAUAAAUUCUCACCCU